UACUGAUGAUUGUUAUUGGCUUGAUUGCAAAGUUUACAUGUAUGCAUCUGAAAAAUAAGGAGGAGAAUUUCAACUCUUACCAUCCUCACUUUGGACAAAACGAGAUGCAGAUCUACUCAAGUGAGAAUCAGCCAUGACUUUGUCACCAUGAUAAAGACUUUUUGAAAGUGUACUUUUGUAAGAAGCAAUCAGAGAAAGCGCAUCACUCAUCAUGGAUACGACACGUUACACCUAUAACAGCAUUGGCCGCACACAUGGUUAUCCUAUUUCAAUGCGAUCACUAGAACCAGGAACAUACAUCAAACGUUCAGCCACUAGUCUUGCUUCCAGCCAUCGCUGUGGAACCAUUGGGGCAGGCAGCCACGCCGGCCUUGCGAGCCGAGACCGCAUCGGGACCAACCAGACCACCAUGACCAUAUCCUUCGGUCUCACAGCCGUUGGCAUUCUCUGGUCUAUCGUCUCAAUCAUAGCAACGAUGGCCUCCUCUAUCGGCCUCUUUAUGCCUUACUGGAUGCGUGGCCAUAUGUUCAAUGGAACUCUUCCCGUCCAUUUCGGUGUCUUCCGUCGGUGUAACUACCCGACAGCGCCCAACAACUACGUCUUUGACUGUGGACAUUAUACAACCUUUGGGGACAUACCCACGUUGACGUGGAAGAUUUGUACCAUAGUAAUUGGACUUGCCUGUAUUUCAUCUAUGUUUGUUGGACUAACGUCGUUGUUAGCGUGCUGUAUGAGAGACUUGGUCACGCGGAAAGUUGGAAAAGUUUGUGGAGUUAUUCAGUUCAUUGCAGCUCUCCUUAUUGCAGUUGGUUGUGUGUUAUAUCCGAAUGGUUGGAGUCACAUACAGGUUAAAGAGGCAUGCGGUGGAACAUCGGCACCGUUCAACUUAGGUGAAUGUACAUUAGAUUGGGCGUUCUAUUUGACCGCAAGCAGCUGUGGGGCACUCUUAUUGGCUUCUCUCCUGUCCAUCCGAGCUGGGGCAACCAAAAUGAACCAUUAUGGGAUCUGACAAUGACCCUUGACCUUUUGACAUUGGAGGAAUGCAAAGGUCACAUACGAAACGCAUCCGAAAAUGGAACAUGAUUUGGAUCAGGAAGGCUGCAGCUACUUCUCCAUGUCACAACGUAAAUCUUCAAAUGGCGCCUCUUAGCUGAAACUGUGAGACAAGUCUAUGACGAAAUACAACUCCCUGACGCCAUAACCAAAAAAUGAGAUGGGUGACUCCGGUAGCUGGGUGCCGAAUCACUGUUCACCAAAGAUGGAGGAAUGAAGACCAGAUGAUAUGAAUAAGAAACCAUCUUUGCAUUGUAAGCAGAAUGUAAUCAUUAAUAUCAUUACAUGAUAGUUAUAGUUUACAACUUUCCAAUGCAUCAAUGCGACUAGAUACAAUUGUUAAAUGUACUAGUAUUCAAGAAGAUUCAAAUGUGUCUUUUUUCUCUUUUUACUGUCAGUGUGACUGAGAAAGAAAUUGGCCACAGUACCAUAGCAAAGCUAUUCAUUCUCUCUGAAGAGAAAUACACUAUGCAUUCAUUUUUAGUAUUUAGUAGUAGCUGCAGUAGUAUCACAUAGGAGUUAGCUGUCAUAAUCAGUGAUCAUAAUUCAUCUAAAUCAGAAUUCCACAUUCCUUUCACUUUGUACACUCUUAAAUUUGACUCCGAAUGGCACAGCUCUAGGAGUCAUCUCUGUUCCAAUUCAAAUUAACUUGGAAGCAACGCACUUGACUAAAAACAGAGUCGACUCCCGGUUUGAUAGUGCCAUGUUUACUGAAAUUUGACUCCUCGGAAGUAACAGAAAUCAUUUGAAUUAUGCUGUCCAGACUGUCCGUUGAAAGUAAUGCUGAUUGCACUUUCGCAGUUUCAAUUUGUUGAUUGUCAGCAACCUUCAACAAAGAUAAUUAAUGUACUUUCAUGGUCUAUUUUGUAUUGGCUUUGAUCUGAGACGGAUACUUGGGUAUCUUUACAGACACCUUGAUGAGUAAUGAACUGAAUUGGGAUUGAUUCCCGUGCUGAUCUACCUGUCAAACUGAGUUACGAUUUUUUUUUCACUGCCUCAUUUCACUCAAAGAAAGAAAAUCAAACAGAAUAUCUGUAGAUUUCACUACCAAUCUAGAUUGUUAUAGCGUAGGGGACAAAGUGAUAGCACUUGC